AUGACAGAUACAACAACUACAACCACUACAGAUGCAAAUAAAUUAGUAUUAGAAAAGAGUGCAAAUAGCUCAGGUUUAGAAGUUGAUCUUCAUCCAUUGGUUUUAAUUAAUAUUAGUGAUCACUUUACACGUACAAAAGUUCAAAGUAAUUAUCAAGAUAAUUGUAGAGUAAUUGGUGUUAUUCUUGGUGUACAAAAUGGUAGAAAUGUUGAAAUUUGCAACUCUUUUGAAAUGGUUUAUGCAACUGUUGAUAAACAAUUAGUUUUGGAUAUUGAAUAUUUAAGAAAGAAAUAUGAACAAUUAUUUCCAUUAUAUGAUUUAUUAGGUUGGUACUCAACUGGUAGCCAAGUUUCAAAGGAUGAUAUUUUAUUACACAAACAAAUUUCAGAACAUAAUGAAAGUCCACUUUAUUUAAUGUUGGAUACAGAUUCACCAAAGAGUAAAGAUUUACCAGUUAUUAUUUAUGAAUCAGAGUUACAUAUUGUAAAUGAUGAACCAACUACAAUAUUUGUUAAAACUCCAUACAAAAUCCAAACUGGUGAAGCUGAAAGAAUUGGUGUAAAUCAUAUUGCUAAAGUAACUCCUUCUGGUAGUGAAGGUUCUGGUUUAACAAGCCAUUUAUUCACAAUGCAUAAUGCUAUUUCAAUGUUAAAUAUUCGUGUCAAAGCCCUUAGUGAUUAUUUGCAAGCAGUUAAAGAGAAAAGAUUACCAUAUGAACAAAAUAUUUUAAGAAAAGCCUCAAGUUUAUGCAAUCAAUUACCAACUAUUGAUACUCAUGAUUUUAAAAAAUCUUAUUUACAAGAAUACAAUGAUGUUUUAUUAGUUACUUAUCUUGCCUCAAUCACUAAAACCUCUGCUUCUCUCAAUGAUACCAUCGAUAAAUAUUUAGUUUCAAAUGAAAAACAAUCAAAGAGAAGAUUUUACCAAUAA